AUGGCGAUCGAGAAGAGUAACGUCAAGGUUUCGAGGUUUGAUUCAGAGUACUCACAUGGCAGUGGUGACUCUAUGUCAAGUUACGACGGAGACGAGAGGCUUCAACUGCAACGUAAAACCUCAGCGGCUAACGUUGAUUCCGAGGACGAGGAGGAUGAUGAUUUCGAUGAAGAUGAUUCUGGAGCAGGCUCUGAUGAUUUUGAUCUGCUUGAGCUGGCGGAAACUGGCGCCGAGUUCUGUCAAGUAGGGAACGUGACUUGUAGCAUUCCGUUUGAGCUGUAUGAUCUCUCUAACCUUGAAGAUAUACUCUCUGUUGAUGUUUGGAACGAGUCUCUCACUGAGGAAGAACGGCUUAGCCUCUCUAGCUAUCUGCCUGACGUUGAUCAGAUGACGUUUAUGGUUACUCUGAAAGAGCUUUUCCAGGGUCGUAGUCUCCACUUUGGCAGUCCUGUUAAGAAACUGUUUGAUAUGCUGAAAGGUGGUCAGUGCGAGCCGAGGAACGCGCUUUACCUCGAGGGACGUAGUAUGUUUCUGAGAACGAAGCAUUAUCAUGCUCUGAGGAAGUAUCACAAUGACAUGGUUGUGAAUCUUUGCCAGACGAGGGAUGCUUGGGCAAGUUGUAAAGGGUAUAGCAUCGAUGAGAAGCUCCGUGUGUUGAAUAUCGUGAAAAGCCAGAAGACUCUGAUGCGAGAGAAGAAGGAAGAUUUUGAGGAGGAUUCGUCAGAGAAGGAAGAGGCUUUUGAUGGGCCUUGGAGCAGAAAGGUGAAAGACAGGACGCCUGUGGAAAACAAAAUGGCUCGUCGUUCUGGUUACGGUGUUGAUUCAGGUUUGGAAUUUCCUAGCCGGCGGCAGCUGACUGGUCUAGAGCAGGAUAGAUAUGGCAAACCAAAGUCGAAGCAGAUGACUGCAGCACUGAAAUUCCCCUUUGGUAAAACGUCUGUUGGGCCAUAUGCUUCAAGUUAUAAUGGGUUGGGUAUGAACUCUGCAUAUAACAGCUCUUCUCACGUUAGGCAGAAGUAUGGUUCAGGAUUGGUUCUUGGGUCAGAAGAUGAUGAUGAAGACGAUCAGGAUCCACUCUUUGGAACGGGUUCUCGACGAGAUCGGGAUAGUGUUGCUAGAGAGAAGUCUGGAUUCUCGAGGCAUGGAAAGAAACACAAGUUUUCAAGAGAGGGAGAACCAGUUUCUGAACAUUUCAUGGCUCCACCAUAUUCAUCAAGGCAGUCCCACGGCAAUUUUUCAAAAUCAAGUAAAUAUGCAAACCAUAUUCAGCCUCGUGCAUAUGCGGACCAGGUGAAGCCUGUAAAAGGUAGUCUUGCAGAUCUCCGUGGGGACUUGUAUCGGCCUGGGAAGAAUCACGGAGAUGGUUUUUCUGUUGAUCCUAGAUAUAUAUCUGACGACUUGAAUGGUAGAAGCAAAAAAAUGAAGUCUGAGAGGAACUCACCAGAUACUAGUUUGAGAUCUUACAGAGCGUCUAUGCAACAAAUGAAUGAGAGGUUCUUGAAUUCUGAUUUUGGCGAGCACCAAGUGCAGGAAAAGAUUAGAGUGAAUGUGGUACCAAAUGCGAGGUCUGGUCUUGCGCCAUUAAGGGAUAGCAGAAUGUUCAUGAGAAAUGAUGAUACAGAGUCGGAUUCAUCCGAGGGGUAUGAUGAUGAGCAGGAGAGAAGUCGCUUAAUACGGAACAAACCAUCUGUCUCUCUUGGUAGGCUUAAUAAUUCUCAUUUUCCGAUGCUCAAAUCUGGGCAACAUAGUAGAAAGAUCAAAUCCAGAAAGAAAGAUAUGCAGGAGAAUGAAUUGCUUGAUGGACGGGGUGAUUACGUGAAAUAUUUAGGCGCACCUGGAGAACAAAUCUAUGCGCCGGAGAUAGAGAAACACUCUGUCAAGGCAAAACAAAAGGGUAAGAUGCGUGACAGGAGUCCUUUAAAUAAUUUUCCCUCUCGAGGUUUUGAAGAUGGCCCUAUCGCAAGCUUGAGUGAGUUGAAGGAGAGAAACAACAGGAAGGAAUUUUUCAGGCAAAACAAGAAUAGCCAGGCAAGAGAGCAAAUGACUAAUAGACCACAGUUUCAGAGACCAUCUGCAAAACCAAAUCUGUCUGGGAGAAAAAGAGGCUUUGAUGAAGAUGACGAGUUACCUGAGAUGAGAACAUUGGUUAAUGAUAGAGCCCGGGGUCGACAUGGUAGGAAAUAUCACGUUUCUGAGGGAGAUGGUAAUAGUGGCGAUGAAAAUUUAGAGGCCCAAUUGUUGGUUACUUGCAGUAAUGUGUCGAAAAAAAGGAAGGCUAGAGAGUCUUUAAUGGACAUGGAGAGGAGGGAGGAGAAUGGUGAGCUGCAGCUUUACUCUGACAUUCAACAGCCCGCAGAUGAUAUUAUUACCUCAAAGAGAAAGGGAAAGAAGAAAAUGGAGGUUGAUGUUGAUUUUCUCGAUCUGGAUCCCUCUGAAAAUCCAAAAGCAGGAAAGGGUGUAAGUGAAGCAGUGGUGGAAACCAAGCCGCAGAAGAAGCCAUUUGUGUUGAUCACACCAACAGUUCACACUGGCUUCUCUUUCUCCAUUGUACAUCUUCUGACAGCAGUGCGUAUGGCAAUGACAAGUCCGCGUCCUGAAGAUUCACUAGAUGUUAGCAAACCAAUGGCAGUGGAGAAUGCAGAACAUGAAGCUGGAGAAAACGGUGCUCCCAUAUCCAAGGAUGCGGAGGAUAACAAGUCGCCACAGCAGGGAAGUGGAAACUUGCCAUCCCUCACUAUCCAGGAGAUUGUUAGCUGCCUGAAGUCAAACCCCGGAGAUCCUUGUAUCCUCGAGACACAAGAGCCGCUUGAGGAUUUGGUUAGAGGUGUUCUGAAAAUAUUCAUCUCGAAAACCUCGCCUUUAGGGGCAAAGAGCUGGAAGCCACUUGUAACAUUUGAGAAGUCGACGAAAGGCUGGUCUUGGAUUGGCCCUGUUCUCAGUCCUUCUGAGCAAGAGACUGUUGAAGAGGUGACAUCGCCUGAAGCCUGGGGUAUCCCGCACAAGAUGCUUGUCAAGCUGGUUGAUUCAUUUGCAAAUUGGCUGAAAAAUACCCAGGAAAUUCUUCAGCAAAUAGGAAGUCUUCCUGAACCACCGUUGUCACUCACGCAGAUUAACUUUGACGAGAAAGAAAGGUUCAAGGAUCUGAGAGCCCAAAAGAGCCUUAGCACGAUUGUUCCGAGUUCCGAAGAAGCAAGAGCUUAUUAUCACAAAGAGGAAUUUCUGAGGUACGCAAUUCCGGACAGAGCAUUUGUGUACACAGCUGCUGAUGGUAAGAAGUCGGUUGUUGCUCCCCUGAGAAGAGGCGGAGGGAAGCCAACCUCAAAACCUCGGGAUCAUUACAUGCUGAAACGCGAGAGACCGCCGCAUGUCACGCUUCUGUGUCUUGUGAGAGAUGCUGCUUCCAGAUUGCCUGGUCGUAUUGGGACAAGAGCUGAUGUUUGUACCUUAAUAAGAGAUUCACAGUAUAUCAUGGAGGAUGUGACGGAUGCACAAGUGAAUAAUAUCGUGAGUGGGGCCUUGGAUCGUUUGCACUAUGAGCGGGACCCUUGUGUCCAGUUCGAUUCAGAGAGGAAACUGUGGGUGUAUCUACACAUAGACAGAGAAGAUGAAGAUUUUGAGGAUGAUGGUACUUCAUCCACUAAGAAAUGGAAGAGGCCGAAGAAGGACGCUGCAGAGCAAACAGAGGGACAAGAAGCUGUCACUGGGGCUGAAGAGCUUCCUGGUGAUGAAGAAGAAACCGGGACUGAGUUGGGUUUAGAACCGAAGACUGUUGAGCCCGCUGGUUUGGACGGGGAUCAAGGAGGAGCAGACCAACUGUGUAAUGAGACUGAACAAACUGCAGAGGAGGAAGAUGUUGAGAACACUGCACAGGGUAAUGAGACAACAACGAUGUGGGAGCAUGAUCCUGCUGUUGUUUUGAAUGCCGUUGAGGAUAACACGUUUAUCUGCCUAGAGAACUCAGUGGAUGAUGAUUUUGACGAUGAAACAUGA